AUGACCGACCAAAUGCAGGCAUGGCAAGUCACUGCCCCUGGCCCAAUCUCUGAAACGCUCAAGUUCACCGACGAGGCUACCAAACCCUCCGCCGCGUCUCUCAGAGGUGACCAGAUCCUCAUCCAAGUCCAAGCUGCGGCCAUCAAUCCCGCCGACUACAAGACAAACCAGAUGGGCUCCGGUUUUCUGUCGCGCGCCCUUAUUUCGUAUCCAAAGACCCUUGGUAUGGACCUUGCUGGUAUUGUCGCUGCCGUUGGCCCAGGCGCCUCAGAUAUUAAGGAGGGCGAUCAUGUUUUUGCGAGAAUCGAUCCCCUCAAACAACCCGGCGCUUUAUCACAGUACAUCAUUUCCAAUCGGGAUGGAUAUGCCAAAGUAGCAGACUGUACAAACCUCAGUGCCGCUGCCUGUCUUGGGACCGCCGGCCUGACCGCGUACCAGAGCAUCUAUCCAUAUGUUGACGCUGGCAACAGCAUAUUUAUUAAUGGAGGCUCCGGUGGUGUGGGAACACUUGCAAUCCAAAUCGGCAAAAUUUUAGGCUGCCAUGUCACCGCAUCGUGCUCGACUUCCAAGGUCAACUUGUGCAGGGAUAUGGGCGCCGACGAGAUUAUCGACUACAAGACCGCCGAUGUCGUCGAGACCCUGCAAAAGUCCGGCCGGCAGUACUCUCUUGUACUUGACUACGUUGGCAAGUCACCACAAAACUUCUACAUCACUGCCUCAACAGUUCUCACCAAGAAGGGCGUCUUAAUUCUUGGCUCUCCAACUAUCUCUACAAUCAUCAACGCCACUCUAUGGCCGGGAUGCCUCGGCGGCAGUAAGCAUAAGGUCGUGACAUACUUGACGAAAAAUUCACACGACGACAUGGUGCAGCUAUCUAAGUGGUUGGAUGAUGGCAGCUUGAGGGUCGCUAUCGAGAAGUCGUAUGACUUUAGCCAGGUAAUGGCCGCCUACGAACAUUUGAAAAAAGGGUCUACUGCUGGCAAGAUUGUGAUCCAGAUUCCAUAA